AUGAACCCCAACACCCGCGGCUAUCCCCUGGCCUCACUGUAUGUGGGGGACCUGCACCCCGACGUGACCGAGGCCAUGCUCUACGAGAAGUUCAGCCCUGCAGGACCGAUCCUGUCCAUCAGGGUCUGCCGGGACAGGCUGACCCGUCGCUCCCUAGGCUACGCGUACGUGAACUUCCAGCAGCCUGCGGACGCGGAGCGUGCCCUGGACACCAUGAACUUUGACGUUAUCAAGGGCAAGCCUGUGCGCAUCAUGUGGUCUCAGCGCGACCCGUCCCUUAUGCGAAGCGGAGUCGGCAACGUCUUCAUUAAAAAUCUGGACAGAACUAUCGACAACAAAUCCCUGUACGACACGUUUUCUGCUUUUGGGAACAUCCUUUCCUGCAAGGUGGUUUGUGAUGAAAACGGCUCCAAGGGCUACGGGUUCGUGCACUUUGAGACGCAGGAGGCUGCUGAAAGAGCCAUUGAGAAAGUAAACGGGAUGCUUCUGAACGACCGCAAGGUGUUCGUCGGACGCUUUAUGUCUCGCAAAGAACGAGAGGCCGAGCUGCGAGCCAGGGCCAAGGAGUUCACCAACCUCUACAUCAAGAAUUUCGGCGAAGACAUGAACGAGGAGUGCCUCAAAGAUCUCUUUGGCCAGUUUGGACACGCCUUGAGUGUGAAGGUGAUGACUGACGAACGCGGAAGAUCCAAGGGAUUUGGAUUUGUGAGCUUUGAAAGGCAUGAGGAUGCCCAGAGAGCCGUGAAUGAAAUGAAUGGAAAGGAGUUCAACGGGAGACUAAUCUACGUUGGACGAGCCCAGAAAAAGGUGGAGCGCCAGACGGAAUUGAAGCACAAAUUCGAACAGAUGAAGCAGCAGCGGAUCACCAGAUACCAGGGUGUUAACCUGUAUGUGAAGAAUCUGGAUGACGGGAUUGAUGACCAACGUCUCCGGAAGGAGUUUGCAUCGUUUGGUACCAUCACAAGUGCGAAGGUGAUGAUGGAGGGACGUCGAAGCAGAGGGUUUGGUUUUGUAUGUUUCUCCUCGCCAGAAGAAGCCACGAAAGCAGUCACGGAAAUGAAUGGCAGAAUCGUGGCCACCAAACCCUUGUACGUGGCUUUGGCUCAGCGCAAGGAAGAACGCCAAGCUCACCUCACUAACCAGUAUAUGCAGAGAGUGACAAAUGCGCGGCCUGCGCCCAACGCAGUGAUCAGCCCUUACCAGUCCACGCCUACUACGGGUUACUUCAUGGCAACAACUAUCGCACAGACUCAGAACCAUACUCCAUACUGUGCUUCCAGCCAAGUGGCGCCACUAAGACCCAGUUCUCGCUGGAUGCCCCAGGAUACCAGAUCUUUGCGAAACAUUCCCAGUUCUGUCUUCCCAGCUGCUUCCAGACCACCGUUUAAUACCAUGAGACCAGCUUCUUCACAGCUUUCACAAGUCAUCUCCACCCAGCGCGUGGCUAACGCAUCAUCGCAGCCAGUGGCUCCGCGUCCUGCCAUGGCUGCUGGAGCAGCCGCUCCUGCUCGCCCAGUCCCACAGUACAAAUACGCUCCCGGAGUUCGCAAUGUACAGCAACACCUCAACGCACAGCCACAGGUGAUCUUGCAACAGCCUGCUGCUGUCCAUGUCCAAGUUCAGGAACCUCUAACUGCUACCAUGUUGGCGUCUGCUCCCCCUCAGGAGCAAAAGCAACUGUUGGGCGAACAACUGUUCCCUCUGAUUCAAGUCCUGCACCCUACCCUUGCUGGUAAAAUCACUGGCAUGUUGUUGGAAAUUGAUAACUCGGAACUUCUUCAUAUGCUCGAGUCUCCAGAGUCUCUCCAUUCUAAAAUUGACGAAGCUGUGACUGUACUCCAUGUCCAUCAAGUUAAAGAAGCCGCCCAGAAAGCAGUGGACAGUGCCACUGGUGUCCCAACUGUUUAGAAUCGGCCUGGGCCCAAGAAAAGAACAUACAUGCAUCACUGAAGGAACAUACCUCAACAUCAAAAAACUUAAAUUUAUGGGAAAAUUGCUAAACAAAUUUUUAAAAGUAAAGGAAACUUUGACCCUUAUGUGCUGAACAAGCAUAAAGCUAGUUCUAGAUGACUUAUUUAUCUGAAAAACAACAUAAACCCCACCAAAAAUAGUAAAAUAUAAAAACUAAUAUUAUAGAGAUUCUGAAAAAAUGGAUUUUCAGCAAAGUAUGACACUGUAUUUUUAAAAUUUUGCUAUUCUUCACUGCAAAAUAGUUCAGAAUUUCAUUUCCAGACACACAACUGAUAACUGAUCAAAGAAAUGUAAUUUGAAUUAUAACAUCAUUGAUUUAAUUAAAAUCCCCUAAGCAAAAAAACAACAUACAAACAGCAAGAAAAUAAAAACUCGAAAUGCCCAAUCAUAGUACAGCAAGAAAUAUAGAAUAUACAAGAUUUGUUCAGAGGAAUCAGCAUGAAAGAAACAAAACAAAAACAUAAAAAAAAAAAAACCAGCAAAGACAAGACACUGAGGAACAAGGAUAAACCCAGCAGUGAAGGAAAGAGACUAAUAUGUCACUUAUUAAAAUGUAUCUAAAAUAGUUAGUUCUCUGCAAAAAUGUUAAAAACUUUUAACGAGAGAAAACACAUCAAGUACACAGAGGGGAAAGCCCUUGGUAGAAAUUAUCAUCGAAGACUCCAGAUGUUGGACAUACACAUCCUAGACACUGACUGUGAAUCAUUUAUUUGAAACAUAUUCAACGCCGUUAAGGAAAGCCAUCUAAAGAAUUAGAGGAAUGUUUGGCAACUGGGUCUCACAAAAUAAGUGAUAUCAAAGGAAAACUGAAAAUUAUCAGAAUCAAGAAGUCUAGGUUAAAAUAGAAAAUUCAAUGUCUGAAGUGGAAAAAUUCUGUUGCUGGGUGCACAGUUGAUCUGGACAGACAGGAGAAAGGAUCGGCAGAAUUAAAAUCACACUAAUGAUUAUCCCAGUGAGUUACAAGUUAGUGUAAAAAAAUAUACACGAACUGAUACAGGAGAUUUACCUUCACAGUAACCAACAGAUAGAGGCAAAUGGGGUUAAAAUCAUUUGAAUAAAUAUAAUCAAAAACUGACGAUUCGCCCAUAUAUUAAAGAACAUCAGCAAACUGCAGUGAAAAUAGUAGCUCAACACCUGCGCGUAUCAUAGUCCAAUUAACAGCAUUAAAGAGAAAAUUAUGACAAAAGAGGAAAGCAACGUGUCACCCAAGAGUCACAAUAUGAUAAAGAGCAGAUUUCUCACCAGAAGCUACGGGUUGCACAAGGUUAUUAGAUAAUAUCUCCAAAGUGCUGGGAAAAGUUUUGUUGAGAAAUAAUUCCAUUAUCAGAAAAACUGUCCUUCAAAAAACUGAGGACUAGAAAAUCAAGAAUACACAUCAACACAAAAGGUUGGACAUGAAUGUGUAUAGCAGGUUUGUUUACAAUUUGAAAAACUUGGAAACAACCAAGAUAUCCUUAGUAUGUCUGGAUAAGUAACACCAUGGUACAUAUCCAAUGAAAAACCGUGAUGGAGACGUAACUGCUUGUUAUUCAUGAAUUAGUACAAAAUAGCUUACAAACCAAGUGAUACCAGCUCUGUUACACUGCACCUUGAAUGGACAGCACAGGAGUGAACCAAAAUGCAAACCAGGGACUUUGGAUGAUAAUGUGUCAAUGUAUGUUCAUUGGUUAUGUAAUUGUACCACUCUAGAGGGGGCUGUUAGUAAUGGGGGAGGCUGUGGGUAUUUAGAUGCAAGGCGUAUACAAAAAGAAAUCUCAGCACCUUCGUGUCAUCUUUUUCUGUGAUCCUAGAGUGUCUGCAAAAGUAAACUAUGUCAGUGGAAACGAAUGCUGGAGGUGGGUGCUGUUGAUAGUUACAUGUGGAUAUAGUUACUACCACCAAACUGUAUGCUUGAGUAUAGUUAAAAUAGCAACUUUUAUGUACUAUAAGUCAUGGUAUUAACAGAUGAAAAUAAAAAUAUAUGCCUUGUUUCU